UCAGAAUUCGACAGCAAGUGCAUCGUGCAACAAGCUUUACAUCUCAAGCACCGUCACAGUUCUUUAAAAGACUUUGAAUAUCCCAAAACAUGUUCAAGCUCCUGUGUCUGUUUGUUAUUGUGGCCGCCGUUUCUGCGAUGCCUCGUGCACCGGAAUGGCACCCAGCACCCGGACCAGCUCCUAUGGAAAGGCUCGUGAAGCGCGAUGUGCAGCAGCCUUUCCCCAAGCAGAUGCCGAACAAUGAAGAAAACGCCAAAGAAGAAGGAGUGGCCGUUGCUGGUGAAGACGAUAUGGACAAGGCGGAGACGUUCGGGUUCGGAUAUCAUCAUUACUACGCUUACCCGCGAUACUAUUAUCCAAGCUAUCAUUACGGAUACUAUCCAAGCUACCAAUAUGGCUACUACUGGUAGAAUGGACGAUAUUUAUAUUUAUUUAUAAUAAAAGAUAAAA